AUGAAGACAAACGCAGAGCAAGAUCGUGAUCGGCACGAGAGACUUGGUAAAUUAUGCAGGUGUUUCAGAAACAAGCAUCAUCAAGAUAGUGCGUGGUCGUGGGUUGUGUGUACUUCAGCAGCGAUUUGCAAUGCUCUUAUCUUUGGCUUUCUUCUUAGCUUCGGUGUUCCGUUCCCUGUUUUGCUGGACUAUUUCAAUGAGACAAGGGAAAGAACUGGUGAGUAGAAAGAAUAAUUUUUUCUUCUAUUGGUUUGUUAUACCUAGAACACUAUCCGGGAAGAACUUACCUUUUGAAAGACUGACCUGGUGCUUAAACCUGUGCAUCGCAGAUGCAUAUUUCUCGUAAUUCUUUCUUUCUGUCCUUUUAAAUUUUUCACUUUUUUAUUACUUACCCCAGUGAGUCAGUCGUAGUAAUUAUAUUUGUCAUGAACAUUAUCUAAAACAUCAACACACAAAGUCUAUAUUCAAUCAUUUUUAGCUUCAUUCCCUGUCUUACAUUAUUCAGAUCUAAAGAUGAACAAGUGAUGAAGCGAAACUAAGUUAUGUCCUGUGUUACGCAACUAGGGAAUUUUAAGUAAAACAACUACCAGCGUCUGCGGCCAAAACCACAAAACUGUUUUUAACAUGCAAACUCCGAUGCCCUUUACUGAUGGUUUUGUUCUCUUCUCUACAUUUGUUUGCAAAUCACCUUGAUCGAUGAUCAAUCGUUUUUGGUGGGGAAAAAUGAAAUGAAAUAUUUUCGUUCUCUUGUUUUUCAGUUCGUGGGUUUCCACGCACGUGCAGUGACCUGAAUCACCCCAGAGCUACAAAAUGUAGCUUGGUAAUUCAACAUUUUCAAAGAUGUUUUCACAGACAAGCUUUAAUUCUUUUCCAAUGUGUCGUUUUAAAUAGGUCUCAACCUCCUUUUGCUACGAUUUAGCGGUGAUUUUUUUGUUUUCUUGGAUUUUUCACGCACGUGAUCUGAAUGACCCCAGAGCUACAAAAUCAACAACUUCAAAAGUGUUUUCACAGACUAGCUUUGACGUUUUAGGUGGGUCUCAACCUCCUUUUGCUACGACUUAGCAGUAAUUUUUAAAUUCUUGCAGGCUUCUUCUUUCUCCACGGUAUUACACGUUAAAACAUUAACAAUCUCUAUCUGAAAUUGUCUUGUGAUCAGAAUCAACGUCUUAGGUAUUUUUGAAAAUGUAAAUCAAACAAGAUUAAUCAUAAGAUGAUGUCGAAUUUCUAUUAUUGUCCGCUCUUCUAAAAAUUGACCCCAAAUUAUUGCAAUACACACGUGUAGAACAGACAGAAUUAAAAGUCAGACAUCGCUGUUAGUCACUGUUUAAGCUAAUUUAAAUGAAAAUGAAUAAUAAUUAUAAAAAUAAUGAUAAAGACUAUGAUGAUGGUUAAGGUAUUGAUUAAAAGCUUAACAUGUUAUCGUAAUACAACCUAUGUACAUGUAAACGCCAUAUGAUUCUAAAAGCUUACUUCCAUAAAUAGCUUCUAUAUCAUUUACAAAUUACAAAUUAUGACAUAUUACGUAAUAUUGCACAUGUAGCAUUGUUGUGUCUCACUAUGCAUUCUUGAUUAUUUCUUCUUUGGCUGCUUUGUUUAAUUUAUCUGUCGUCAUGCAUGCAGUUACGUUCCUCGUUUUAACCAAAUACCGCAACUUGAUAUUUUAAUAGUAUAAGCCCCGAAGCUUUAACAGGACCUUCAUCGUGCACUCAAGGAAUCAACUCAAGCAUAUUAAGGCAUGGCUCAAUUUUUGUUCUCGACCCCCCCUGAAGAUAAAACGGUUUUCUUUUUUUUCUUCUACGGCCAUGCAUUUUAAUUCUAAAAGUUACUAAAAACUUUCGGGAAAGUUUCUUUUGAGGCAUUGAAUCGAUUUAGGUUGAACUGAUGUCACGUGAAAGGUGACGUCAAAAUGAUAGCGGACAAAAAGACAAAAACAAGACAAAGACAAAAAAGCGUGCUGCACGUGCAAAUUUAAUGCUUUUUGCUAAUUAGAAGAAAAAGUGUGCUGCACGUGCAAGUUGUUUUUUUGCUUUUAGCCCUGGCUAAAUCUAUAUUUUAUUCAAAAGAAAACGCUAGUAAAUAGGGUAGAGAUGGUUGAUUACAACUGAGUUUGAACCAUGUGUAAAUGUUUAUUUUUUUGGUACAAAGUUUUUCCGUGGCCGGAAUGGAGAGAGUUUUCAAUUUCUUCAAAAGCAGGAGACCAUCAAUGGGCUCCUGUCAAAGAUAUUAACAGAUAAAAAGUGUCAUGUGGCCUGUUUUGCUUAAUUGUUAAUAAAAAUGGGAGUCAACCAUUCCGGCCAGAUUCAUGCGAGGAACCAUGAAAGAAUAACAAGAAUAUGGUAUUUAAUAUCUACUGUGUGGCAUCUCCCACCCCACUUUUAGUUUUCUCUUCCGUCCUGGACUUGACCUUAACUAGUCACGUGAAACACAAAUAUGGUUUUUUACGUAACAGGAAAAUUGCGUUUACUGAUAUCUUCGAGGUUGCGAACUCAGUUCAGCUACUUUUGAUAGGUAAAUUAGGCUCAGGCCAUGCCUUUAAACAUGCUUGAGAAAGAACUGUAAUUACUUAGGUACGACAACAUUUUAUUGAAAUAAUUCAAAAUUGUAAUCAGAGUUAAGUUAAAUGUGAAAGGUUCACAGUUAAGCUAGGCAAAAGGAGUCCGCUUUCGAUAAAUUAAAAGUUUUUGUGUUCACAUUGGAAUAUCGGGAAAAAAAUUUCAAUUUUGAAUGUUAAGCCUUAUAGUCACAUGCUUUGAUAUAUCGAAUGUAUACUGUUACCCUCAAGGCUUGUAUAUAAUGGUCCAUAGAGGUACAUGUAGGUAGUCAGCUUUUAUGGUAAUCAUUAGAAUGCGUAAGAGAAAUAGCUUCUUAAUUUUAAGUCAAUAAUUGGAAAUAAGCAAAAACCGUGACCGUUAAGCUCAUCGAAUGAUUGUGCUACUUUCAGUAAAAGUGUAUGAAUCAUAUAUCUGACUUAAAAAUGAAACGAAUUGGUCGUUGCAAUUCUGCAUCAAACCGUCACUUAAGUCGUCUUACCGUCACUUCUCUUCGGCGUAAGCAUUUGAAAAUCAGCUUCUAAGGAAAAUCUUGAACAAAAAAUCUUGCGAGCUGCAAGUCAGAUCAGUGAUCUAUCGCUCUUCAGGCAGCUUUUUGCCUUUUUUCAACACGUUACGAAAUAAAACUGUUUCGUUCCAAAAAGGCGCUUAAGUAAAAAGAUGUGCGCCCAUUCUAAAAAACCUCGGAAAAGCCCCAGAAUACCUGAAGUCUGAUUCAAUAAACCUUCCACGUCUCCACUCGUUGUCCAUUGAACGAUAACUCCACUUAAGGGUCGAUAAGAGGAAGUGACAUGCGAACGGUAGUAAAACCGAAUUAACUGUUAAAGAAAGCGGGCUUCAAGGAAUCAAACAACAGCAACAACAACAAAACACUCCAUUGAAAAAAAGUAGACUAUGAGAGAUACAGCACGCCAUCUUAGUCGACAUGUACUUAAUUACGUCACUUUUUGUUAGAUAUUCAUCAGUAUUAUAACAAACAUGAUAGUUAAUUAUAAUGACAGUUCAAUACUAUCAGUUCCUCCUAAUCUUUUUAGCUUUUAAUUUCGAUGUUAUUAAAACAUUUUGAAUCGGUUAUAUUUCAAAAUUUUAACUCUUAGCGUACCUUACUCCGUUCUGAUAAACGUCGGCGGCCGAAAAAUCUUCUACAGUGGAGCUUUCAAUUUUUUUUCUAUGGAUUGACAAAAUCUGGCAGCGGGCUCUCUUAGUUCUUGCUCUCUCUCUGGCCCAUUGUCUCGCGAAUUGAUUUACAUAAAAACUGUUCAACUUUUACAAAAUUCAACGAUUUUGCAAUUACAGUGUAGGCACAGUAUCGCUAAUUCAAUAGUUUGUUUUAAAUCCGCCGUGGUUUGUAUCUGACCCGUGACUGUUGUUAGAAAUGAAUACGUGAUGACGAUGAUGUUCAUAAUGAUGAUAUUAAACCGAAAAAAAAAUUCAUUUUCAGCUCUUGUUGGCUCACUAGCUUUGGGCAUGACGUGGUUUGCUAGCCCGCUGCCUGGCUAUCUUUCUGAUCGCUUUGGCUGUCGCAUUACAAACUUCAUCGGAGGCGCCUUGUGCGUGACUGGCCUGGCGAUGACGUCAUUUUCCCACAGUCUCAAUCUUAUGUAUCUCACCCACAGCCUGGUAUUCGGUUUGGGGGUAUGUUUUGUCUACAACUGCAACUAUCUUGUUACUGCACAGUACUUUAAAGAAAACUUGUUUAUGGCAACGGGCAUUGUAGCGUUGGGGGCAAGUCUGGGUGUCCUAUUCACAGGUCCAUUGCUUCAAGUUCUUUUGGAUUCGUUUGGAUGGAGAGGCACGUACAGAGUAGCUGCCGCGUAUUUCACAAUUGUCUGCGUUCUGAGCUUAACAUACAACCCAAAUGUACAAAAAACAACGGAGAUUGAGUUCAUCAAUAACAAUGAGGAUGCUGAGAGAGGUGAAAGAAGUGGCAUUUCUCUUUACUGUAGCGUGUGGACGUUUCCUACGUUUGCUGCAUCCGUCAUGUCUUUUGUGUUUCGGGGUUUUGGAAUGUACAUUCCAUUCAUCUAUCUGGUUAGUUUCUUUACUUUUCCCGUUUUUCUAAUUAGUAUAGGUAAUAGCAUGAUUUGUAGUGAUUUUUGGCAUAAAUACCACGAGUGAUAUUUCGAAAUUGGUAUACGUAAUUUCACGAGCCUUUAGGCGAGUGAAAUUUGAGACACUUUUGAAAUAUCACAAGUGGUAUUUAUGCCACAUAUCACGUACAAAUCAUGCUAUUAUUUGUUUAUACUACUACCCACAAAAGGUUUGUAAUUUUCACAUGUAGGUAUUUCAAAUUAAGCUGAAAUACCACUGCUCUAAGCCAAUCAAAUUGCAGAAAUUUCUGAUGUAGUAGUAUAAAAGUAAAAACAGGGGAAAUUAAACUAUUGUGUAACUUCACCAUUAGACCAGCCCUAUUAACACGACCAUCUAUGGUUAAUGCGGUGUCUUCGUUAAAUGUGACCACCUCAUUAGCGUGACCACCCGAUGCGACCACCCUGUUAUAACGGCCACUUUUUUUCUGUCCCUAAAAGUCCAUUCGUUAAGUACUAUAUUAAAAACAAGUAAUAUUUAACAAUUAUUCGCCGUAGGCGAACUUAAUAUUGUUGAAUAAUCCCCGAGACGAAGUCGAGGGGAUUAUUCAACAAUAUUAACUGAGCCUGAGGUGAAUAAUUGUUUUAGUAUAUUCACACGAAGUGAUCUCAACAGAAUCAGAAAGAAAACCAUUAAAAAACGAUUAGUUUGAUUGACGGGUGAAUUCACGCGUGAACACGAAGCCGUUAACAGUGGAUGCUCAAAAGUUAGAUCUUUACAGUAUCUUCAAACAUGGCAAAUGAUAGUUUUAAUCUUUUUGUAUCUAGUUUUGUAAGCUUUAGCAUCAACGGAUAAAAAGAAAACGCCGAAAAGUUAAAUUACUACCCAAUUCUGAGAAGAAAAGCAGAGCUUUAUUUGUUUCUGUCAACUCACCGUGAAUGAAAAAGUUUUCUUUGUUGCUUCUUGCAAAUGCUGUCAACAGCGACUACGAUCAAGGUGAGCGUUGUUUAUCUCCAAAGUUCUUUGUCUUGUUAACUUGCUUGCGCUUACAAUUUUCCAAAAUAUCUGCCUUCCUCUUUUCUCCAUAAAUUAACUUCUAUUUAUAGGCAAAAUUGGUCUUUCGAGAAAAUCCCGAAAUCACAAAACAGUGACAAAGCGACCUCGUUUUCCCCUGUAGUGGUAAACAUAGCUUCGAGCAUACAAAAAGUCAGCUACAGUAAACCACUUCACAAUAAAUCACGCUGUUUAAGUCCUCUUUUCUUGCCUCCAGCACUUGGAUAUUCGUGUAUUUUCAAAAAGGCUUUACUAUGAAACUUUGGCAAAACACCCAGUUCACGACAGCGAUUUUGUUCUGCUUUAUAUUCACCGCCUAGCGCGGUGAAUAUAACGUCAUAGUCCGAGAUAGCUAACCAAUCAGAUUGCUUGAAUUACCAAGAUCACAUCAAGUGCUUGCUCAGCACUUUCAACAUAGGACCAAAAGCGAAGCCCUGGUAUUGCAAUUCUACUUUCGCUAAGAGGAGCAAAAGAAAGGGAAUUCCUCCUGAAAUAGUGGGCCUGAGUUUGAUAUCAGUUGAAAAAAAGAUGACUGGUCAGCGGAGAAUAAAAAAACGUCACCUCAAUGAAAUGUACACCAUGAGACAAUCAUGUGAUAUUGGCCAGCGGAUACUCUAUUUUGACACCUGUAAAUUGACCACAACAUGGACGUCCAAUAUCAAGUUAGACACAGAUUGUGUACCGUAUUUCCUCGAAUAAGCGCCCGGGCGCUUAUUUCAGAUGUCAGCUAAAAGGAUGCGCGCUUAUUCGAAGAAGGACGCUUAAUCGAGACGGGGGGAACGCUUAAAUUAGUUAUUCCUUUAAAAGAACUAGAGAAUAGUCUAGUCGUUCCUGGAAAGGAAGUUUACGGCAUAUACCAAGAGCGCAGGCAAUACGACAAAAAUUAAAAGAAGAGAUAACCCAUAUAAAACUAACUGGAAGUGACUUAACGGAAAACAAACUACAGUCUCCCGUACUGAUUCUGCUGUAGUUAACGCCUAAAAGGUGAAAAAUAAGGUGGCCAUAAAGCUGGUUUUUCCAUGUAUCCCUUAUAUGCAAGAAAGUGGGGGGGAGGGACUGGAAGAGGCGCUUAUUUGAUAUAAUGGUCUUAGGGGUGGGCACUCAUCUGGGGGAGGCCGCUAAUAAGAGCAUUAGCGCUUAUUCAAGGACAUGAGAUAUGCCUUCAACUACAAACUACUAAGUUUGUCUUUUCACAUCCUCUAACAUAAAAGGGCAGACAUACAGACGAAAGAUUUUGUCACAACAAAAUUCUUGGACGCAUAGUGACUUAUUUUCUUGUAUUUUGCUAUCUUAACAGUCAUUGUAUUGGGAAAAGUGACACUUAAAUGUUUAGGAGUUCCUCAAGAGAUGAAUUAAGGCUUUCGUAUCAAAACUCAAUGACAAAUGUCUUUGUUGGUUUUCGGCUUCCAUGUUGGUGCUCGUCGGAAUGGGCACCAAAUGGCGUCUCUAUAAAAAGCUCUAGAUUUGGGUAAAUCAUCUCCCAAUAUCUCGAAAAUGAAAAAUUGCACUAACCUCAAUCUCGGCGAGGGUGUUUGAACUGAUUUAGCCCCUUUCAUUUCCGAUCCAGAGUCUGGCGUAAUGUAUUGAACGGUUUCGAUGUUCAUGACAGUGUAAGCCAGCAACUCCCAUGGUGCUCCGCUAAUUUAUGCAUUAAUGAUUGCUGAGGAAAUGUUUUGUGUGAUUGGUUGUCUUUACACUAGGUUGUUAAGUAAGACCUAGGAGCUGCUAAGUUUUACUUAACCAAAAAUUCGUGUGUGAAGGCCUAAGUAAAAUGUCAAGUAACUUUACUUUGCAUCUCAUUAAAGUCGGAAAGUUGAAACGAUUCAAGAAAGUUUCAAGCGACUUGAAAACCAUCCUUAAAACCGACUUACCUGACAUGCAGUUACUUGCGGUUUCUUGAGGUUUGAGAAAGGCGAAACACGUCAAUCAAGCGUAAUUAUGUUGCGUGGAAAAUAGCCUCAAGUUAACCGGAAGUAAAAAAGAAUCGGUUGUGUGUGAAGCUUUAUUUUACUUGAAGUAAUUAAAAUUUACUUAAUUAUCUUGAAAUAUCUCUUAGCUUAUUUAGGCUCUAGUGUAAAGACUACCAUUGUUUCAACUACAUAGUUUCCUUUGGGCCAGUAAAACUACUACACUAACUGUAUCGAGUGUGUUUAUAGGUUGAGUAUUCCGAGGAUAACGGAAUAACCGCCCAGGAUGCUUCACUACUGUUCAUUUAUAUUGGCCUUUCUUCGUCGCUUGGCCGGAUUAUAACUGGAAAGGUGUGCAACAACAAGAAUGUAAAUCCUGUUUUUAUGUACCAAGCAUUCAUGCUCUUAGCUUCUAUCUCCGCCUUUUUGCUCAAGUUUGCCACCAAAUACGGGUACUUAAUUAUCUUCAGUGCUGUAUAUGGCUUCAGUGAUGGAGUUUUCAUAGCAACUCAAGGUUUUAUCUUGCUGAGCUGCGUAGAUGCAAAAAGAACAACAGCGUCCUUCUGUAUCAAUAACGUUAUUUAUUCAUUUACAGCAGCCGCCGGUGGCCCCAUUGCUGGUGAGUUGGUUGCAAGUAAACUCCUUCACAAGUAGUUGCGAUAUGAUCGUCUUUAAUGUUUGGUCGUCAGUAGGAUAGUGGUUGAUAGUGACCUACGUUUCGUAAACCUGUGGGCUAGUCAUCUUCAGAGUCAAAAGUGAGAUCGUAUCAUUUAACCCUCGGACGUACAGGGGCGGUUGUGGAUGCCACCCCCUAAGGUUUUUCUGAGUUUUCUCCUAGAGGAUAAAACAUCAGCACCUGAUGUUUUUCAGUAGCUGUUCGUUCAUCUCUCUCGCGCAUUUUAAGUCAAGUUCAGUAAUGGUCAAUUUCUAUUUUUACGAGAUAUGACGUCAUAAGUAGGAGGUGGUCAGGCGAUUUUUGAGAGAAGGUUCUUGGUUUUUUUUUUGACUUUUUUCAACAAAAAAUCAUGCAAAGUGCUUAUUUACAUGUUAUUUUUCAUGUCAAGCACAAAAAACACCAUUUCUCGCGGUUUAACCUAAUUUGUAAUUCUUGCUUAAAUCCAAGAUGGCGGCUAAGAUUGCGACAAUUGUUGGUGACGUCACAGGCCCCCAGCGGCGCCACCACCCAUAAAAUAUUCUUCAUCUUGUAGAGAAGAUCAAAGCCGCUCGUGCGCCCGGCUCGACAAAACCACCAUGCUACGCAGGCUACACUGAAGGUAAAAUCGUUUCGAAAUACUGCAACAAAGCAAAAACUCUAAUGGGGGCUCCAUCCACCCCUCCCCCUGUACCACGGUGGGGUUAUGAAUCUGCGUGUACGUCCGAGGGUUAAGUUGUUGGGGGUGAUGCUCGAUAUACCAUGUCAAUGUAUGCACUAUUGUGUCGCUCUAUUUUGGGAAGUUUAUUAUGUUACUGUGUAAGGGUUAGGGAUCAUCACUGUUCAGUGUUCCUUGUGAAGUACCUCGAGAAUUCCUAUUCACUUGGUAUAUGGUAUGACUCCCUAGUUACUGACCAGUGUGAUUAGUCAAUUAAGGCCCCAUGUUACUGGUUGUCUGAUCUGUCAGUUGUAAAGCCGCGAUGCUAUUGGCUAUGGUUUUGACAUGAUUGACCACAGUGUGCUGAUUGAGGAGCUAAGGAACAUGCAUGUGCACCCUGUUCUAGUUAACUGGAUAAUAGCUUUUCUGUGUAACAGGACUCAGGCUGUGAGGAUUGAGAACAUUAUAUCCGAGUGGAAAACUCCCAAGGGCGGUAUACCACAAGGCACCAAGUUAGGAGUCAUUUUGUUUACAAUCAUGACAAAUGAUUUAUUGCGCUCAUGGAACCUUAGAAUAAAGUUUGUUGAUGAUACCACAGCACUUGAAGUAAUCCCUAGGAACAGUGCCAGUCUACUCAAUUUUGUUAAAAACGAUAUCUAUGCUUUUUCUGAAGAUCACAGAAUGAAAUUGAACCCUACUAAAUGCAAGGAGAUGCUAAUUAAUUUUAUGAGUAAUCAUAAUUUUAUUGUGAAUGCUAUUGUAACAGGUAGUAGCACAAUUGAGAGAGUCAUGACAUAUAAGUUACUAGGCGUUUAUGUAAGUAAUGACCUGAAAUGGAACCAUCAUGUAGAAGUUAUAGUGCAAAAGGGAAACAGGAGGCUUUACUCUUUAAGGGUCCUUAAGCAAUGUGGUGCACCUCCAGCUUCACUAGCUAAGGUUUAUAACAUAGGCACGUUAAACGUGCCUGAGCUAUUUUGAAUGCUUCAGUGUAACGUUACGAAGUGUGAUGAAUCUACCUUUUUUGUCUUAAAUGUAGACUGGGUUUUUGUGCGAAAUUGGGUAUUGCCGUACAUAAAAGAAAACGCGAAACGCCGGCUCAGCUGCGUCGAUCCUCAUGCUAUAUAUUCACUUUCCUCUGUCUUUCCCUGUAACAUUUGGUGCAAGUUAAACAAAUUGUUAAAGUUAAAUAAAUAUCUACUCACCAAACGUUGAUUACACGGAAAACUCUAAGGUUUCCUCGGAGUUUCUUAAACCAAAAUGUGACUCAUCAAAUUCGAGUAGUCAAGAAAUACCAGGAUUUUUAUCAUUGUGGUAGAUGGUUGCAUCGUCACAAUUCACGAGGUUUUCAGGUGCCAUUCUACUCAGUGAAACAGUCUUUAACUUUAAAGUCUUGAUUUCGUCAUGUUUUAAAAGCUAUUGCUUUUAAAAGACAAGAGCCUUUUUUAAGGCAUUGGUUACAAAACGAAACAGGUCUUCAUACGUUCAAGCGAGUUACUAUCAUUAUUGUGAAAAGCCAAUCUGCAUGAGAUGUACAGUCACACAACUGGCAGUGAAAGUGUUGGACUUUGCCCCCUUUCGUUGUUCGUACGUGAGGGAAUUCGAGUUAUCACACAGUAAUCUAGUAAACAGAAUUAUAAAAAUAACUCAUGCACACAAUUUGCACGUGAAGAUGUUGAUCUUCGGCCCUUUUACAAUUCGUACGUAAAAAAACGCAAAUUGUUCACUACAAAAUUUUCUCAAACGAUUUUAAGAAAUCACCUAGGCUUCAUUACAACAGCUGGAAUUAAAUUAUGUUUCAUGCAACGUCAAGGUAGCCUAACAUUUACUGAUUAACUUCCAAGAAAAUUAUCAAACUGCCGAAAUAUAUUUCUGCUCAUAUCAUGUUACUUCACUCAGUAAAACAGUAUCUAAUUAUUGCGUCAACUAGCUUCUUCCAAUUUUAUUGCCUAACGCUACUGUUUCCACUUAAGUUACGCAUCUUUACUAAAUAAAAUACGUUUCAAUAACUAUAAUGCUUAGUAUGCAGGAAGGAUGUAUCAUGUUGUUCACUUAUUAUUCUUUUUUUUGUUUUGCCGGAACAAAAAAGGUCUGUUGAACUUUGUAAGCGAGAGAAUAAUAAAGCUUGUUUACAGGAUUAACAAUACUCGGUACAGCUUUCAAAAAAAUAAGCUGCCUUUCAAACUUGUAAAACCACAUUUUAUAGGCGACAUACUUUCGAAUUAAAGUCCACAUCUAAAUAUCAAUUAUUGCUUCACUGGAAGAGCUUUGAAAAUAUACGAUCUUUUAUACUCUACCUUGAAGUAGGUGAAACAUAACUCAUAAAUACGUGCGUCAGUACCGUUAGCGAUAGCCGAAUUCGGUCAGAAAUGUCUUGAAGUAGCAUCCACACUAAAAUAUGAACCCUUAAACAGCUGCAUCACUGUACACAGCAUUUGAAUCAUGAAGAUAUUUAAUAUAAUGUUUCCAAACACCUGUAGCCGUAAUAAAAGACGAAAAAAAUGUGCAGAAUUAAGAUGGCGGUCUCAAAGUGCCCUUGUUCGACCUUUAGCAACGUCAUGUUUAAGUAGAUGCCAAGAUCUCCUUGGUUCCUAAGCAUCAACUCAUAGUACUUUCAACUUUAUUGGCUCUUGCAACAAACAUCCGAACAUACAAAGGUACAAAGAUACAAAGUUACAAAGAUACAAAGAUACAAAGCCACAAAGAUACAUACGCUCACUCCACUGACAUAUGAGCUAUUUUUUCAAAAUAGCUCAACAACCAUUGUUCGUCCUGUUCUAGAAUAUGCUGCUCCUGUCUGGCAAAAUAUAUCAGAUUUUCUAUCUUAUAAGAUUGAGAGCAUUCAGAAAAGGGCUAUGCGCAUCAUUUUUCCUUUAAUGAAUUACAACGAGGCAUUAAAUGCCCUUAAUCUGACAACUCUAAGUGACAGACGCGCCCAUCUAUGCCAGGUUUAUAUUGAUAGACUCCGGAAUGAGAAUCACCCCUUGCAUUUUAUGCUCCCCAAACAGGAGGAGGUUGUGCAUAAUUCUAAUCUUAGAUCUGGCAUUAGCCGCUCCACGCUUCCUACCUGUAGGACCAAGCGCACGCAAGAGUUUGUCAUGCAUAAGUAUACCUUGUAGCUUGUACAAUUAUAUUUUCUAGUAUGUAUUGGAUUUAUUGCAUUAUAUUUUAGUGUUAUAUGUUUUGGAAAUAGCUCUGUAAUUCAGCCAUUCUGUAUAUUGCUGCAAUGAGUCUUAAUAAACAGUCAUUAUUAUUAUUAUUAUUAUUAUUAUUAUUAUUAUUAGUAUUAUUAUUAUUAUUAUGAAGAGUCUAAACUGUGCUUUUUCUAUAACCUUUCUAUCAUGAUGUCAUACUUUGUUGUCAUAAGGCGUCGUUUAAAGCAGAGGCUGAAAACAUGCGGAAAUGGGCUGAUGGCGGUACAAAUUGGUAUACCCAUAUCCUUAAUAAGUAAAAGGGCUUCUAUUGUAAACCCAAAGCAAACUAGCAAAAUGAAAGGAAAAAAUAUUUUUCGCUUAAAAGAAACCUAACAUGGUCGUUAUCUGUUUUUUCCCUUAGGCUUGAUAGUGGACCAGACUGGAAGCUAUGUUUAUUCAUUUUACAUGGCCGGUGCUGCUCUUCUGGUUGCAUUUCUUAUUCCAAUGGUUUUGAUUCCUAUCAAUCACGGAAAGGUCAGAGUUCGUCCUCUUGUAGGCCACAGUAAAGAAGAUAUGGUUACGUCAAAAUCAAAAGGGCCUGAAGCUGGCCAAGAUCAAACCACUCUUGGAAAAACCCCAACCUAA